AUGAACGGGUUCAGCACGGAGGAGGACAGCCAUGACGGACCGCCCGCGCCGCCGUUCUACGGGCAGAGCUGCUGCCUGAUCGAGGACGGGGAGCGCUGCGGCCGCUCCGCUGGAAACGCCUCCUUCAGCAAGAGGAUCCAGAAGAGCAUCUCCCAGAAGAAGCUGAAGCUGGACAUCGACAAGAGCGUGCGACACCUCUACAUCUGUGAGUUCCACAAGAACUUCAUCCAGAGCGUUCGCAACAAGAGGAAGAGGAAGACCAGCGACGAUGGAGGAGAAUCUCCGGAGCAUGAUGUGGAGGUGCCUGAGGUCGAUCUCUUCCAGCUGCAGGUGAACACGUUGAGACGCUACAAGCGACACUACAAGCUGCAGACCAGACCUGGACUCAACAAGGCCCAACUGGCAGAGACGGUGAGUCGUCACUUCAGGAACAUCCCGGUGAACGAGAAGGAGACGCUGACGUACUUCAUCUACAUGGUGAAGAGCAGCAAGAGCCGCUUGGACCAGAAAGGAGACGGCGGAAAACCGUUGGACUAAAGCUUCCCGACGACAACCACAGCAAAUCGACAGUGAUCUAAACCCACGGUGACAAACAAGCAUUAUUGAAGCUGGACACCACUAACUACAGCAGCCACCACCGCUAUGACAAGCUCCUCCCACAAUCCUGCGCCCCGCUCCGCCUUCGCACCAGACAGUGACUCUCUCCGUCCUCAGAGGACGCCUCACAGAGCAGGAGGCCGAGGGGAUUCAGGACGGGCCGAGUUUCGCUUUUCGCCCAUUUCGCCCUUUUCAGAUAAACCCCAGUCCGUGCACAUGUUGUCACGCCCAUCGAUCCUCUCUCUCUCCUCCGCACAAAGCCGAGUCCCUAAAGACUGUCGAGGACCAGGACGCCGCGUCUCACGCUGUAAUGUAACUUGUCGAUAUGUACAAAAGGAAUCGCGUCCGAUCUGAAGUAACCUGGUGGAAUGAAAUGUACAAAAUUAGCUGCCUUAAGUGUGAAAAGCAAAACACGUUCUGGUAAUUUUUUUGGGGGGGGGGGGGGGGUGUUCUUUUUUUCUUCUCUUUGCCGAGUUGACUGUUAAAACACGUUUCGCCAUCCACGAGGAAACGCUUGUGCCAAACAGAGACCGAAAGAAGAGUGUUGGUGAUGAAUGAGGCUGAGAGGGAGGGUGUCUCUUCUUCUUCUUCUUUUUUUAAUGUGAAAGAACGAAUGAAUUGUAGGAAAGUGGAGCCGCCGCCACUGGGCUCACAAAACUGGCAAAAGUCUUUCACACUCUAAAAUGAAGAAGUCGCCGUUUCCCAACCGAACGUGAUGCAGUGAACGACCGUGGAGAAUGAAGCAGCAUUUGGCUGCGACCCACUUUUCUCCUCCUCCAUCGUAUAAACACACAAGGAUUCAUUUCUCUGAGCAUUGCAGGCGGUCGCAACUUCCUUCUUUUUCUUUUUUUUUUAAAAUACAUAUAAAUAUAUAUAUUUAGUUUCCUUCUUUUUAGUUGAGCCACAAUUCUAUUGGUUGUAUAAAGUUGUUUCUUGGAGAUAUGAUUUAGUUUUUUGUUUUGUUUUUCAGCUAAAAGGAAAUGUGUGCGUUUGUGUGUGUGUGUACUUGUACUUCUGUCUUUGUGAGGACUUGUUUCACCUUUUGGAGAGAGGACAUUUUGAGUGUUAAUACUUGAUAUCAGGGUGAUGUUAUGGUUUAGGCUUUUAUUUGUGGUAGUAAAAGUUAAGGGUAGUGGGCUCGAGUGUUUUAUGUCAACAAGUGUCCUCAGACAAGAAGGAAGUACAAGUAUGUGAGUGUGUGUGUGUGAAACGGGGGAAAGAGUCAAUAUUGGCACCUUUUUAAUAUUUAAGAGUUUAUAGUUGACGGCCUAAACUCUUGAUUUGAAGCUUUUCCAGCCUGGAUGUAUUUCUCAAAGCUGGAUUGAUGACUGUAGAUUGUUCUUUUGUUUUCUUCCCAUAGUUAGAAUGUCACGCAGCAGAGCUCAUUCACUUAAAGUCACUUAAAUUACCCACACUCGUAGAUAUUAGUCCUCCAGAACCGAAUGGCCACUUUCUUGACCCAUGUCCCAUCCUUCCUCUAAAGCUCUGUGGAAAUCUGUCCAGUGGUUGAAGUGUAAUCCUGCUGGGGACCGGGGGAGGAAACAUAAAAACAUGUCUCACAGCUUCUGGAAGCCCUUCGUCCUCAUCGUGCUGCAGAAAUCUGUUUCACAGGGAGUCUUCCAUGUUUAACAGGUUGAUGCAGAACUGACACUGUCCCUCUGGCUCAUGUGCGUAGCUGAAUGUCAUACAUGUCCAAUGUGAAUCUGAUCUGGCUCCAAAACUGCAUCACAACCAAACCGGAAACAGUGACUCUGCUAGUUUUGGCUGCAACUUAUGAUUUAUUUUCUAUUUAAGCAACCUGUCACUCGUCCAGUUUGUAUGAAAUGCUCUGCAGAGCCGAAGAAUCACGUCUCUGUCGAACUUUGCCAUCAGCUGCUCGACUGGGUCUUUUUUAAUUUUCACCAAAGCGCAGGCAGUGAUGAGAGAUGACCAGCAGGUGGCCUCCUGUGACCCUGUUACCGUUAAACAUGAUGAAUUUGAUUUAUUUAAAAUCCUAUAUGUUGUGCCGAUGUCCAUCUUCCACCGCUCGUCCUCUGUAAACUGUUUCUUUCUAAAUGAUGGCGACUUCACGAGCGUACACACUGUUUGAGCUUCUUCUUCCUUUUUCUUUUUAUCUCGUCAUCUUUUUGUCGCGUUUAUAUUUAAGUUGACCAGGUUUUCAUUUUGUUAGUGUUUGUAUUUUUUCAGUUUUGGCUUGUAGGUUUUUUUUUUGUUAGUGUCAUGUAGAGAAACACCCGACUUUAUUAACUCAUAGGCCAUGCCACAUUAACCUAAUUAUUGUAUUAGAAAAAAACAUAUUUAAAUAUGACUGCUUAUUGCUCCUGAUGAUGAUGAUGAUAAUAAUUAUAAUAAAUGUAUUGUACAGGCAGAAUCAAA